ACCCAGUGUUGACCACAAUCCAAGCUCACGCGCUCACACGCUCACGCGCUCGCGCUCGCGCGUUCCUGCGUGCGCCGUCGCCGCCCCGCCGCACUCUCAUUCCACCGCCCGAUCAGGUCCGUCAUUGUCAAGCUCUACGACGCUGUACCUUCCCCUCGGCCCUCGUUCGUAGCUGUACGGCCGCUGUAGCCCAGUUGGCGUAGCGUGUGGACUAGCAGGCCAGCACCCUACCACCACAUGACCCCUGCUGCAGCGCCCUGCGCUAUCCACGCUAGUUGAUGGGCAUGGUCAUGGGAUCCAGCGACCUCGAACAACAUUAUACAAGAGCCUCGGCGGUUUUUCUCUCUACAUCCCAACAUGCUCGGACUCGCCUUCGCUGUCCUCGCCCCCCUUGUUCUCGCCCAGAGCUCGAGCUCGGGCUCGAGCUCCAGUUCAAGCACCAACACGGAAACGGCACUGAUCCUCAACACGGCGGCCGUGCCCCAGUCCUCGUCCAUCUCCGUGAGCAUGGUCGCGCUGCCCUCGGCCGGGCGACCGACGCCCGCCGCAGCCGCGUACCCCAGCGGCGAGUCCGCAAGCGCGAGCAUGACGAGCGGGGCGGGGCGCGCAGCCCCCCUGGCGGCGCUGGGUGUGUGUGUAGGCGCAGGCGCGUACUUGCUCGCAUAAUAUCUCACGUGUAGUCCUAGUAAUGUGUACCGAGUUGCAUGUCUUUCUUACCCACUGAUCCACUGAUCCACUGACUAGCAUUCACGCUCGCCGCCAGCUCGCUAGCGCGAGAUCGCCAGCUCGCCAGUCAGAUUGUGCUGGUCCCGCUAUCGCUUGCUGAAAAGAAACGUAAGAAGGGAUUAGGUUGAAUGUGAAACUCGCGUAGGACAGGGAUAGGAUUCGAACGCGUGACAGGAGUGAUCGACGAAGUGUGGCGGUGCAACGCGUCGUCGUGGUUCGUUUCCCUACCCUCAG